GUUAGAGACUCAGGGGAGAUCUUGCGUCACCUCCUUCCUGCAAAGGAAACACGCCCUGCUGCUGGCAGACAAGAAAGAAAGCGAAAGCAACUUUCUUCCAGGCGAAGCUGCAGCCAUGGCUGCUUCUGGGGGUCCUGUGCAAGAUCUCUUCGAGGAAGCCACUUGCUCCAUCUGCCUGGAGUAUUUCAAGGAUCCAGUGAUCAUCCCGGAGUGCGGGCACAACUUCUGCCGAGCCUGCCUGAUCCAGUAUUGGGGGAAAUCCGAAGGAGAGGCUUCCUGCCCCGAGUGCAGGAAAACAGUUCAGCAGAGGAACCUCAUCCCCAAUCGGUCGCUGGCAAAUGUUGCAGAAAAAGCCAAGAUGCUCCGUGGGGAUUUCUGUGGAAGAAAGCGGGCGGAGGGAAUGGAAAGAGUCUGCGAGAAGCACCAGGAGCCCCUGAAGCUCUUCUGCAAGGAGGACGAAAGCCCCAUCUGUCUGGUGUGUGAAAGAUCCAAGGAGCACAAAAGCCACGAGGUGAUCCCUCUAGAGGAGGCGUCCCAGGAGUACAUGAACCAGAUCUGUAGGUGCUUAGGCCAUCUGAGGAAGGAGAGGGAGAAGAUCAUGGCAUUUAAAAUGGACGCUGAAGAGGAAAGCCAAGACCUGCUUAAUCAAGUGGAAGCAGAGAUGGAAAAGACAGUGGCUGAGUUCAGACGUCUACGCCGGUUUUUGGAAGAACAAGAAAAGCGUCUUCUGUUCCAGAUGGCAGAGGUGGAGAAGGAGAUCGCCAAGAAAAGGGAGGAGCAGCUGGCCAGACUCUCCGGGGAACUCUCCUCUCUUGAAAGCCUCAUCCAGGAGGUGGAGGAGAAGCUCCAGGAACCAGCGAGUGAACUCCUGCAGGACAUUGGAAGCUUCUUGUGGAGGUAUCAGGAGAAGUUUGAAGAUCCCCCUAUUGCUUUUCCUCCUGCCCUGAAGUGGAGGAUCUGGGACUUCGGCGAUAUAAAUCCCUUUCUGGAGGGUGUCAUGAAGCAGUUCAGAGACACUCUGGGAUCUGGAUUUCAGCUGCAGCAAGAAAACGUAACUCUGGAUCCAGACACAGCCCAUCCCCACCUCAUCCUGUCUGAGGAUCGUAAGAGAGUGAGAUUUGGCGAUGAGGAACAAGAUCUGCCCAACAAUUGCGAGAGAUUCGACAAGCAUCCCUAUGUGCUGGGAGGCGAGGGGUUCACAGGCGGAAGACAUUUCUGGGAGGUCGUUGUGGGGAGUGAGGGGGGCUGGGCUGUGGGGGUGGCCAGGAAGUCUGUGAAGAGGAAGGGUCAGAUCACGUUUGGUCCUGAGGAAGGGGUCUGGGGUCUGGGGAAGUGGGCAGGAGAAUACAAGGCCUCCUCCCACGCUGCUAUGACCCUGAGCAAGGAGCCUGAGAGGAUCCGAGUGGCCCUGAACUGUGAAGGGGGACGGGUGUCCUUUUAUGAUGCAGAUAGGGCAGCCCUCCUCUGCACAUUCUCAGCAGCCCCCUUCUCAGGAGAGACCCUCCUGCCCUUGUUUUGGGUGCCCCGUAAAGCCCACCUGACCCUCUCUGACGGGUCUCUGCCCACCAUGGCCUCAGCUCAGCCGUCCGCUUACAUAGUCGAGGAAGCCAGGUGCCCCCUCUGCAAAGAGUAUUUCACAGACCCCGUGAGCGUCGACUGCGGCCACAGCUUCUGUUGGGGUUGCAUCAAGGAGCACGUGGUGAACUGGAAUGUCCUGUGGACCUUGAGGUGCCCCGUCUGUAGCGCUGUCCUCCAGAAAGGGAAGUUCCGGGCAAACUGGCAGCUGGCAAAUAUCGUGGAAAGAAUUAAACUCCUGCCACUGAAUCUGGAGAAGAGGGAGCUGUGCGAGAGCCACAGUGAAAAGCUCAGCCUGUUCUGCAAAGAGGACGAGAAACUGGUGUGCGAGCUUUGUCGAGAAUCUGAAGAACAUUGGACACACACUCUGCUUCCGCCGGAGGAGUCUGUCCAAGGGUACAAGGAUCGUCUCUACAGCUGCCUGGAGACUCUGAAGAAAGAGAGGGAGAAAGUUCUGUCAUGCAAAGCAGACACAAAAAGGGAAAGCAAAGUCUUGCUCAAGCAAACGAAAGCGAAGAGGAAAAAGACAUUGCUUGAGUUCAGGCAGCUGCGCCAGUUCCUGGAGGAGCAAGAGAAGCUCAUGCUGGCCCAGCUGAAACAAGCAGAGAUGGAGAUCAGGUGGAAAAGAGAUGAGCGCAUGGCCCAGCUGUCCGGAGAACUCUUUGCCCUCGAGUGCGUCCUCCGGGAGGUGGAGAAGAAGCGCCAGCAAACAGCUGGCGAACUCCUGCAGGAUAUUAAAAGCUUCUUGCAGCGGUGUGAGGAAAAGGAGGCAUUCGAGAAUCCCGAGGCUUUUUCUCCUGAGCUGAAGUGGAGGAUCUGGGACUUCUGUGAUAAAACCUCUUUUCUCGAGGGUGCCAUGAAGCAGUUCAAAGACACUCUGGUAUUUGGAGUCAAGGUGCAAGAAGAACAUAUAACUCUGGACCCGGACACAGCUCAUCCCAACCUCAUCCUGUCUGAAGAUCACAAAAGCUUGAGAUGGGGAGAUGAGUGUCAAGAACGGCCAGACAACCCGGAGAGAUUCGACAAGACGCCUUUUGUGCUGGGGCGCGAGGGGUUUACAUCGGGCAGACACUUCUGGGACUUUGCUGUGGGAAGCGACGGAGGGUGGGCCGUGGGGGUCACCAGGAAAUCUCUGAGCAGAAAGGGUGUGCUGUCCUUGAAUUCGAAGGAGGGGAUAUGGGCUGUGGGGAAGCUGGGCAGUAGAUACUCUGCCACCAACAACCCCCACUAUUCUCCUCUGACCCUGAGCGGGGAGCUCAAGAGGAUCCGAGUUUUUCUGAACGUUGAAGGGGGUCGGGUGGCCUUUUUCGACGCUGACAGUGGAGUUCCCCUCUUCACCUUCUCGGGGGCCUCAUUUUCUGGAGAGACUCUUCUGCCUUUAGUUUUUCUCAGGGACAAAGCCCACCUCACUCUGUCACCUGGAGAUGGCAAGCUCUCCCUCACAGGCCAGGAUGAUAUUGCUCUGUUGGGAUCCUGAUAAUUAUUUGGUUGAAUGUGAGAAUGUACUCUUCAGGGCACCUUAUUUAUAGGUCUGAGAGAACCAGGCCCCAGAUUCAAGAACAUCCACCCUUCGUGGGCCCAAGUGGUAGUAGGAGAGAGAGCGAGAGCAGCUGUUGCGUACUUAGUGCUUAAUAAUAAUAAUAAUAAACUAUUCUAUUUAAGACCCAGGACUCAUUCCAGGGUUUUGAGGAACUCUUCAAGUGUCUGUGGUUAUGGCUGCUAUCUUUAUUUACCCAAACUGCAAUUUUCAAAGUUCUAGAUCAGGCAUAUUGUGGCAAAGAGCCGCAGCAACACCGCCUCCAUCAUUUUGCUCCCUGGUGUACUUCAUGGUGGAACCAGGCUUGUAAAGACUUAAUUGAUGCUUUCCCCCAGGAGUGACUAUUAAUACCGCACAUUAAUUAUAUUACUUUGAUUAAUUAUAUAUAUUGGUCCAAAUACAGAACUGAAAAGCCAACAUGAGCUUCCAUUCAGAGAGAAUCUGAGGGAAUCUGAGAAUUCCCUAUUCCUGCUAUACUUUUAUGUCUUAAAGAGGCAGUAAUUGCGCAUCAUGGUUUUUGAGAAGAUCCAUAUAUCUGUUCUCACCCCUGAUCUUAACUUCUAUUUUUCUUCUCUCCCUGCCUACCUCACAAGUCCUUCACAAGCUAUUAGUGAGAUGGAGUGGAAAGAAAACAUUCAUAGUUUCUGAAAUAUACUCAGUCGAGUGUGAAUUUCAUGCUCUUUAUUCAGCUCAUUGUAGCAAUGAAUGAAACUUCCCCCAAAACGUCUAGCUAUAUAUACAUUAUUUACACAAUGGGCCCUGUGUGAUUGGCUAAUUCCGGGCUGCUCCUGUAGGCCAAUCAGGUUGCGGAUUCACGUCCUCCAGAAGCUGAUUCACUGCUCCUGCAGGCCAAUCAGGUCGCUGAUUCACUUCCACCUGGAGUUGGAUUGGGUGGCUCCUACGAACCAAUCAGACUGCUGCAUUCUGGAUCCUAUUGUUCUAGGAUUCAGCUCAGUACAUAACAGUUUCUCUGCAGGCAGACCAACAUGACAUUCUAGGCAAAACACCUUUCUUCAAAGAGGCCUACAUAUUUGUUGUCUAGCAAGCACCAAAUGAGAUAUAUCCUGUGAGAGAAGGGGAUACCUAUUUUGAAGCAGGUAUAGGUAAAUCUGAUUGAUGCAAGGGAACAUUAUUUCACAGUGGGAGAAUACAGCCCAUGUAUUUGGUUGUUGCAUAAUACUGGGUCCCCAGUAUGGCAGCUGUGGGUCCCUGGAUGUCCCUCCUGAUUUUCAUUAUUAUUUUUUUAAUGUCUUGGGUUGGUUGGGGAGCUUUCUUGUUUUGGUGAGGAGCAUUAGCUAUUUUGGUCUGUGUUUUAUUUGUUUGGGGGGUUAUAUAUGAGUGUUUUGCCUUGGGGGCAGUGAGCAUCACUGCUUUUCCCCCUGUGAAAUGGGUAUUUUUUGGUGCCAGCAACAGAUUCAUAGAUUUCUAAGCUCUGUGAUAAGGUGAACAGGUGAACCGCAGCUGAGCAGAUCCAGAUAUUAAUCUGCAGAGAGGACCUCUGAUUACUCCUUUGCUUAAUGUAUAAUAAACAUGUUUUGCUGAUGUUUUAAAUGUG